AUGAACGGCGACUCCGAGUACCCGAGCCUGAGCAGCAUGGCCAGCAAUAAUAGCGUGGAGAGCGGUGGCCGCACCUCUGGCGACUCAUCCACCGCCGAGAGCACCGGCGGCGUGCUGUCCCCGCGCUGCGUCACCUCGCCCAGCAUCUCGCAGUCGAUGGCCAUGGUGGACGAGGUGCUGUCCAACGGCAAGCUGGGCCGCCUGGAGCGCAUCCACCGGCUGGAGGAGGUGCUGUCGGCGGCCACGCAGGGCGCCGAGACGGCGGCCGCGUUGCCGGCCGAGACGCGCGACGCCGCCGUUCAGACGCUCUCCACCGGCGAGGUGGUCAUCACCAAACUGUACGACGGCUUCUCGGAGGCCAACUGAGCGGUCGGCUGAUGGCCGACCGGCGGUGCGGCGGCUUCUCGGCGCCGGUGGCGGGUGCA